CGUUUUGAUUCUUCUUGUUCUGGUAAUUGACAACAACUAAAAUGCUUUCAGCAUUUAUGUUGUGCUGAGAGACAGGAUUCCAAACAAAAAAAAAAAAAAAUACGGGUUGACAACAUUAAGCCAGUUCUUAUUAUGUCAGACGCUGGGUACAGUCGGUGUGUGGAAAUCUGUGUUCUUCCCACUACAUCUGCGGCGGUUUGGCGCUGCUAAUGCGCGCGAGUUUCAAAGUGGGCGAGUCUUUUUAAAGCUGACGCUCUACCAGCUAAUUAGUGAGCUAGCUAGGCUAGCUUUGUGCUUCACAAAGUCUACCGCUCUGUCAAAUAAUCGUUACGUGGCGUUAAAUGUUUAACUGCCCAAGGAUCUGUGUCAUACAUCGUAUGGGCAUGUUGUAUUUUUUUAAAGAACGACUAUUUUUCUAACAAAGCUAGGGUUAACACUAGUUAGCCAGCUAGUAUCCCUGCUAUCUAAUGUAAACAGCAGCGUGGCUAGCAGUUCAUGUUAUCACGCAUUAAAGUUACUCGGAUCAAUGAUAAGUAAAUAAACAAAGGAAACUUCUGCCUAACUUCCAAUAGGCGGCGCAACAUGUCUAUUGAUUUCGACAGUGCAGCUCUUCAGACUCAGCAUGAUGAAGAAGAAUUUGACCAGGAGGAUUAUGCAAGAGAGCAAGAGCUGCACAAACUGCUCACAGACCUGCCAGAUGACAUGCUGGAGGACAGCAGAGACUCCUCCCCUGAGCUGGAGUGCUCUACUUGCAGCAAUAAAAACACCAGCAGCAGCCCAAAGUCCAAGUGGAUUCAACAAUGGUCUGAUCAUACAAAACCAACCUCUCAUGCACAGAAUUAUGAAGGUGAAUAUGCUGAAGGCUCUCAUGAUGAGUAUGUUUAUGAGAGUGAAGCUGCUCACUUUAAUGGACAUCGGAGUCACCCUCAAAGUCAGCCACUGCCUCACACCUGGCAUCAGGAUCAUCAGUUUGUACCAGGAGAUUAUACAUGUACAAGCAUGGGCACGGAAAAAAGUACAGAGGCCAGCGAUUUUUCCAAUGAGUUUGAGUCAAAGCCCUAUCCUGAACACACAGAAAAUCCUGUGGAAUAUAAUAGUGAUGGAAGAGUUAGGGAUGAGCAAUGCCAUGGGGAGCACAACACCAGGAACCAUUUUCAAAAUUUAAAGUCUGGGCCGAGUGACAGAGGUGUAAAUCAGUACACAGCGACUUACAACCCUCACCAUCCUGUCCAUCAGCAAAACACGUUUAAAACUCUGCCUGCUCAGCAAGAAGGUCCAUUUGAGCAUCUACAAAGAGAAUUCCUUGAUUCAACUCAACAAAAUGCAGAUCGGGAGCGACUGGCACAGAUGCAGAUUUUGAACAAAGCUCAACAGAGGCAAAUUGAAGACUUUGAGCAAAAGCUGGAAGAUUCACGCCGUAAAAUGAGAUACAUUGAGCAUCAGUUUGCAAUUGUCAAAGACGAAAAGGGCGGUCUUGCAGUAAGUCUAAAGGAAUCAAGUCGAUUGAUUGAAGAAGCCAAAGAAAGAGAGGUUCAAAUGCAAAGCAAGCUGAAGGCAAUGGAGCAGCAAGUACAGCUUCUCGAUGAGAAAGACCAGGAGAACAUGAAGAAACAGAGCCUGGCAGAUGCUGCAGUGGACAGUAUGAAGCAGCAGAUGUUGGAGCUUUGUCGCUCUGACACCUUGUCCAGAGCGCGGGAACAGCAUGACAGAGACCUCGCCAUCAUGAAGGAGCAACAUGAGGCUGCAUUGCUGGCCCUUCAGCAAAAGCUCGACUCUGACUCUCAGGCUUUGAGUGAACUGACUGACGUUAACCAAAGGUUACAAGAACGUGUGAAGUUGUUGGAGCGUCAGAGAGAAGAAGAUCAACUGGAGAGAGCCAGAGUCAUCAAUUCCCUCACUCAGCGUCUGGAGGAGAGUCAGCAACAAUGUGCCAAGUUGCUGCAGACAAAUUCAGUGCAAGAGAUGAGCCAAAUGCAAAUCAAACUACAGCAGGCUCAGUCAGCCAAGGCGCUGAGUGAAAACAUGAAAAAAGUUUUACAGGAGGAUAUGGCCGAUCUAAAGGAGCAGAUUACGCUGUAUGAAUCUGCUGUGAAACAUGGAGUUAUUACAUUAGACGUCAGCAGUGAAUGGGAGAACCAUCUGUCUGAAUCCUGCAUGGAUCUGGGGUUGAAGAAAUUAAACAGGAAAAACGGCACCCUUCACAGUGCUGUUCAGGACUCCAAGCUACCCAAGGACGAGGCUUUAAAGCUCCUGAGAGUAGAAAUGCAGCGCUGCCUGGGAUGUUUGAAAGGGAAAAGGCAGAAGGUCAGCCAGCUGCAGGAGGAGCUUCAGCGCUGUCAGGCUCAAGUGAAUGAUCUGAGGACUGAGUUAGACGAAGCAAAACUCAACUCCUCGGUCAAAGAGAUGAGCCAGAUAAAACACCUAAACAUAACUGGAGAGUCUCAGAAAGAGCUGAUUACACUACAGGAAGACAAAAAACACCUGCAGGAACAAGUGGAGUUACUAGAAAAGACGAAUAAAGAGCUGAAAAAAAGCGAGGAAAAGGUAAAGUCUGCCAAUUCUGAGCUGUGUACCAAAAUGAGGGAGAUGAUCCAGGAGCUGGACCAAGAAAAGCAGGAAGCUGCUGAGAGAGCUGAGCGGAUUUAUCAGCAGUACAGAGACGACGUGGUGAACCGAGUCAGAGCAGAGCUCAUGCUGGAACAUGAAACUCAGGUUGAACAGCUGACAGCACAGCAUCAGCAGCAGGUUCAGCAGUUACAAAACCAGCUGUUGGAAGUUAAUGAUAAGAUGUUGGCUGUGCAGGAAUGUUACUUAUCUGUCUGCAAGGAGAAGAGUCUGCUUGAGGAAAGAAUAUGCAUCAGAGAGAAAGAGGAUGCCUUGAUCAAAGAGGAGAGUAGUACCGCUGUGGAGAAGCUGAGAGGUGAACUUGAGGCUCAGCAUCAGGCCUCCAUAAUGCAUCUCAAAGCAGUUUGGUCCAAAGAGAAGGAAACUGAAAUUCAGGAACAUGUGAAUUCUCAUGUUGCAUCAGCUGAGGCUAAAUGGAAGGAGAAACUGCAAAAGAUGGAGAGGACUUGGGUCCAGAAGCUAGAGGACGCUAAGAAAGAGAGACACAGCGAGUCUGCUGAGGUGAUCUGUCAAACAGAUGAGACUGAGGCCAAUAGUCUGACCAUUUCUGCUGAGGAGCUGAACUCCAGGCUCAGUGCCCAGAAACAGCAGCUGCAACUGGAAGCUGACAAUGUGCGACGCAAAGCAGUAGAGGAGGUCAGGAAAGAAGUCCAGAGAGAGUUACAAGAGAAACACCUGGAUGACCUGGUCAAGCAGGUUGAAGGUGCAGUAACCCGGGCUUAUAACCGCUGGAUUGAGGACCUGUCUUCAUUACCAGAAUAUCAAACCUCUCUUCAAACAGAAAAGGAGAAAUGGGAAGAGCAACAAGAAAAGCUCACAGAACAAAGAGUGUCCCAGGCCUUAAAGGAGGCAGAAGAGCAAUGGUACAAGAACCCCCUGGAGGAGCACAGCAUUCAGAAGAUGGCAGAGCUUAAAGAGGAGGUGGCAGCUCUCAAGAGCCAGCUGGAACAAGCAACCAGAGAACAAGCUGCCCUGUUGAAAGCUGAGCUGGCUGGAGCCAGAGCAGCUUGGAACAGAGACAAACAACAGGAAAUCUCCAUCAUCAAGGCCACCAGCGAUCAAGCGUACCAAACCAAGCUGCUAGAGCAGCGCAGAAAGCUGGAGCAGGCUGUGCAGCAAAUCAGAGUGGAUGCUGACCUCCAGAAGAAGGAGCUACUCCUACAGACGGAGGCUAAACUCCAGCAGGCUAUGAGAGCACGAGAGGAGGAGUGGAGAUGCCAGUAUGCAGAGAAGGAGCUGACACAGAGACAGCAGAUGAGAGAGGAAUUUCUAGCAGAGCUUCAGACUGGACUGGCAGAGGUUUAUACUCAGCUUCUUGGAGCCACUAAGAAAGAUCAGCAGGAGACUGAGGACAGCAGGAGAACCAGUGGAACUACAUCAGAGGCGACAAUGAUUCACAUCAUCCAAACCUCAUGCAAAGACCUGGUGAACAGAGCCGUGUCAGAGGCCAAGAUGGAGUGGAAGAAAAUGAGCGAAGAGAAGUUGAGCUGUGUCUUAAAAGAAACACAGGAACAGCAUUUGAGAGAAAUCAACAAAAUGCAAAGCUCUUUAUCCCAGAGGAAGGAGCAGUCUCGUUGCAGGAAAGAGUGCAGUGAGACUGUAAGUAAGCUGGAGAAGAAGAACCAGGAGCUCCAAAGACAUUUAGAGAAAGCCUGUCGUCAACUUCAGCACAGCAUUCGAGAGCACAAAACAGCCAUGCAGCACCUGAAAGAUGAGCAUGAAAGCAGGUUACGAAAGGCAGAGGAGGAACAUCUGCAGCAGUUAGAAGAAGUGAGGAGAGCCAAAGAAUCCUCAGCAAGUUCAGAUCACCAACAAAAUCUUCAGCAAGGCCUGCAGGAGAUGAAGCAGCAGUACCUUGUGACUGUAGAAAAGAUUAGAGGAGACAUGUUGCGCUACCUCCAGGAAAGUCGGGAGCGUGCAGCAGAGAUGAUCCACAUCGAGGUGCAGAGGGAGAGGCAGGACACUGCCAGAAAGAUGCGACGCUAUUAUCUGAACUGUCUGCAAGAGUUACUGGAGGAUGGGGGGAAGACUACAGGUGCUGAAAAGAAAAUAAUGAAUGCUGCAAGCAAGCUGGCGGCCAUGGCUAAAGUGCUGGAAACUCCUUUCAAAAGUAAAUCCGGAAAGAAUUACGGUUUACCAAGUUGUUCGAUGGCUGUGUCCACCACUGCAGAUGGCGGCUUGCCAGGUAGAAACGCAGCUUUCAGUAAGAAGCUGUCAGCUCUAUCUGAGGCUCCUGAUAUAAGGCCAGAGGAGAGAUCCCAUGGGGAAAAGACUUCUGCUGAUUCAGGGCAGAAAACAAUCACUGCAGUUAGGACUAAACUUUCGAAUCAACAGGGUACUGUGGGUUGUCAGGAGGUUUCCACAAAGGAAAUGAUGAACCCCCAAAUUUCUCAUCCAAACCUCCCUCCUUACAAAGACUCUUAUCAGGCAACUUCUAGAUCUGAUGUGGAUUUUGUUAGUACGUCUGUGAGGGGUAAAGGCCCAAAGUGUUACCCGCAGCGAGGUGACUCUAGCAAAGACAUCAGCCACCUGGAGCCAGGACAAUGGAGCAAACCUUUACUUGUCCUAGAGGCUCCUGUCAGAGAAGAGAAACAGCCUGACUGGAGCACGACGAGCUGUGACUCUGACAUAAGUCCACAAGUCACCAGACCGUCCAACUAUGGGACAAAAGUUGAACCGGUGAAGCCUUUUUCACUGUCUGCAGUAUCAGCCAGCGAAAUAGGAGAGUUUGGCGGCCUCACAGCAGAUGCUUCGAACCUAACUAUUUAUAAUGAGAUUCCCAAGAAGUCGUUUCACACCGAAAUCUUUACCCACUCAAAGACACGUCCACACAGAGAACCUACUCCGGGUUCUGAAUGUAAAAACCAACAGGGGGCUUGUUCCAGGCCUCUGUUUUCUGAACUGAGACAGCGGCAACAGGACAGCGGCUUUGACAGCCCGUUCUAUCAGCAAAAGUGAGAAAGGAAGGAUAGUUAUGAGGUCUGGAGCUCAUAAAUAUAAGUUAACUUAUCAAAUUGUGCCUUCAAUACAUUGUGUAAUGUUUACAUGAUAACACAUUCUUUUAUAGUCAUUACAAUAUGCAGUGUAUUUGAAAUGAAUUGUAUGCUUUUCAUUGGUGAGCAACAUGAAAUGAUCAGUAAGUUUGGACAUGUGAGGUUAAUGAGUGUAGCUAACUAGCUUGAAUUAUCAGAGAGACUAAAAAUAGGUGAAAACAACCAGGGCGGUUUCCCUUCUGUGAUUAAAAUCUCCCCUCUACGAGCACAUUUCAGACUGAAGACAUUUUUUGGUUGAAUCUGCACAAAGCCAGUGUAAUAUGAAACACUGGACAAAGCAGUCAUGGCUUUUGAGCUUUAAAAGUGGUGGUGGAUGGACUUUGCUUCCUGCAGAGACCGUCGGACUCACUGUUUCCUCCUGUUUCCAGCCACUGUGCUAAGCUUAACUCCGGUGGCUGACUUUGGUUUCAUAUUCUCGAAAUAUAUCUGACAGGUAUAUUCAUCUUCCUAUCUAACCCUGAAGAAGAAUAUGACGAAGCUUUUUUUCCC